AACGCGCACGUUUCGCAGCGUGUGAUACGUGCGCGUCGGCCGGCUGUAAACAGGCAGGCGGCGCGCCGACGUCGGCAGGCGGAGGAGGGAGGUCGCUCUGUGAGGAGACCGAGGCUGGCUUUGGUACGGGACGGGGAGCAGCAGAUGUGCUGUCAGGGACACUUGCCUUACUGUCCUGCAGUCCAGGACGGACCUGGCCAUCCGUCAUUUGUUAGGUUUAACUUUAAACACUGUCUCUCAUAAUUCUUAAUUUCCAAAGGAUUCGGUUUAUUCUGUUUCUCAGGGCUCGAGAGAAACAAAUUGGUAUUUGCACUGGCUGAAAGCUGCCUAUUUUCCACCUUGAAAACUUGUGAAGAAAGGACUGAUGAACUGAAAUUUGCAGAUCCCCCCCAUACAGCAGUGUGUUUAGAAAGCUAAUCACAGCAAACAGGAUAGCAUGUGCACAAUCUCCCCAUACUGUCACUGAACGCCUGACCGAAGAUUCCCCAUUUUUGAAGUCUUAAGUGCAGAUGCUUUAGUCAGCUAGUCCAUAUCACCCUGCUUGACAAAUCAAAGUCCAGAUUAUCACCCAGACAGCCAUGGCCUCUGUGAUCCAGUCUGACCCUGAAAUCCCAGACAAUUUCAAAGAGAGCUGGUUGGUCCUACUUUCUGCUGCAGAGGCCUACUGCCAGAAGUCGGGAUGUGAUCUAGCCAUCAUCACUGCUAACAAGAGGUUCCGGCCCUCCGCUCCAGAAGGAGACAGUGGCCGGGGGUGGGAGGGUAGCCGCAAGUGGGAAUACUCCUACCACACUUGGGGCCAGGGGAUGCUUGCAGAUGCCACACGCCGUUACAUGGAUGACAUCGCUGUACUGCACUCGGCCUCGGUGUUGACAGCACAGAGGCAGGCACGCAGCGGUGUGGGCGAGGCCAGUGGGGCCCGCCUGGGGGCAGACGUACCAUGUGAGCCCGGCGGCCGGGUGAGCCUGGUGGGUGACAGUGGAGCCGGAACAGUCAGCCCCAGCACGCAGCUCUAUUCGCAGAGCUACCCGUCAAUCUACAGCUCGGCUCCUCCUAUUGGCCAGCUGGGGGUACAAAAUGCGAAUGGGGAGAGGGACCGGGAGAGGGCUGCCAUUAAGGAGGUGGAUACCAUCAGAGAGAGGCCAGAGGGAGGCGAGGAGGAGGAGGAAGAGGAGGAAGAGGAGGAGGAGGAAGACAUGGAGAGCAGGAGGGCGAAUCUGAAUGAGACAGCAGGGGUCUUUUCCAUGGAUGAGGAUUCCCUGUCACGUGACUGUGAGCCGUUCUUUGAGUCUGACGGGGAGGAGGAGAGCACUGAUGGCUCCCUGAGCGAGGAUGCCCCGCCCCCCUCUCGCAGCAUGGCAGUGGGACACCUCCCCACCCGUGGACACCCUCCCUCCAUUGCACGUUCUCUGCCUGUGUCCGUGCCCGUUUGGGGCUACCGGUGCAGCCGUACGGCGCAGGGGGACAGCCACAGCGGGGAGCGGCCCGGCUGUCCUGACCUGGACCACAUCGCUGCCAGCAUGCAGGCUCUCCUGGCUCCGAGUGCCACUGACGGCACAGAGAUGUUUGGAGGGCUACCCCGGCCACGCCUCAACACCGGUGACUUCAGCCUGAAGCACUGACGGGCAAACAGACACACCGACUGACUCACGUGGGCACCAACUGACAGCAGGGUACACGGACUGACACACUGACAGCGAACAUGCAGACCGACACACAUGGGUGCCGACGACUUACAGUGGAAACUCAGACUGACUGCAGAGAUGAGACUGACGGACAUAGAUGCCAACUGCCAGCGGAAACACAGACUGACACACCAAGGCGCUGAUUGACAGUUGAAACGUAGACUGAUGCGUGCGGGUGCUGACUGAUAGCGGAGGCGCAGACUGACACACUGUGAACGUGCAGACUAAUGCACGUGAGCGUCGACUGAUGUCAGAGACGCAGACUGAAGCACGUGGGUGCCGACAGACAGCGGAGACACAAACUGACACACUAACUGUGAACAUAUAGACUGAUUCACGCAGGCACCAACUGAUGGCGGUGGCACAGACUGACAUGCAGACGCAUUGCAUGCAGACAUCCGCAGUGAGACAGACUGACGCACGCAGGCACCGACUGACAGAGGAGAUGCAGACUGACACAUAUGGGUGCCAGUUGACAGAGACGUAAACUGACGUACAUGGGCACCGACUGACGAUGGAGAUGUAGACUGACGGCAGAGACUUAGACAGACACAUUACACUGCGUACAUUGAGUCGUAUCUCCUACGUACCACGCACUAACGCUUACAAGCAGCUGACCGCAUGUUGUGUUCGGCUGCUGGCUCAAACUGGAUCGACCGGCGCCCCCAGGUGUGCAGAUGGGAGGGGGAAACGCCCCUCAUACGCUUGGACACCGUUGGGAAGACAGAGACCAUCUGCAUGGAGCAACUCAUGGGUUCAACACUAAGCCAUUCGUGGUUCUCUGCUCCGCUCUCUCAGCAUUGUGCAGUGUAUAAAUGAAACUGUUUUAAAUAAAGACACAAAUCCCAAA